UUAAAUAAAAAAUUGACACAAAUCGUUCAAAACGUGGUUAUGACCGUAAAAUUUGAUAACUUAGAUUAAAAAACAAAAUAAAUUGUUUAAUCUUAUCUGCAAAACUUAGUAAUGAGUAAAAUAAACCCUUUGGCCGGCUUGAUCGGGAAUUAUGAUGAUUCUGAAGAAGAAGGUGAUGAUACGUCAAUGCAAUCGGUAGCUGUGAUUCCUCCUGGAGUUAAAGCCCCAUUAAAAACUCAACCGUCGGAAGCAGCCCGCUCCGGAAUCCACAGAGCCCCGAUAUCACAUUGUCCAUGGUCAGCGUGCUAUGAUGAAGCCAGUGGCUUUACAUACUACUGGAACCACCAGACUAAUGCGGUUACUUGGGAAGCACCUCCAGAGUACUUAUUGGCUUUGAAGAUUGCUCAACAACAGUUGAACAUGGGAGGUUCAUCGCAAGUAUCAGCAGCAGAAUGGCAAAUGUACCAGCAAGUAUUGGCGGAACAACAGACUAAAUCACAAACUCAGCCCCCUGCGAUAGGAACAACAAAUGAUAAUGUAAAGAAAAAAUUAAAUGUAAAGAAUAAAUCGGGAUAUAAGAGAAGAAUUAGUGAUGAGGAUGAGAAAAUAGAACUUAUAACUUCGUACUAUCAUUCUGAUUCUGAAUCCAAUGAUGAAUCUGAAAGUCCUGUCAAAGCUCCUCCACCACCAAAGCCAACAUUGAAACCAAAAGUGCCAGCUAAGAAGCCUAAAAUGAAAGAAAAAGAGCCACCAAUUGAAUACGGACCAAGCUUACCUCCAAAACAGAAUUAUACUGUGCCAAUAGGCCCAGAAAUGCCUACCGACUAUGUGAUUACUGGUAGUCCCAAAGUCAAAGAGGGGAGUAGGUCAACAGGAGAGGAGGAAAAACUUGCAACAAAAACAGGAGACAAACAAGAAGAAAGUGAUUUAUUGAAAAAGUUGAAAGACAAAGCCAAGAUAUUGGAGAAGUUGGGAGGCGACAUACCUCCUGAACUUCAAGAAAUCAUUGAAGACAAACACGAAGAAGCCAUAGAUAAUACCAAUCCUCCAAACGACAGUAUAGAUGAUUUACUUAGUGAAAUCGAAAAGACAGAACUACCCAAAGUCAAAACUAAGAAAAUUGAGACUAUUGAAGAAGGCAAUAGUAAACCAGGAAGCCAAACUAGUUCCCCGCACAGAGACUUGUCUGAACACAAAACUUUAUUCCCCAGUGCGAAGAACAUUGAUGAUGACGUUUCCAACAAAGAUAUACCUAACAAUGCUGAAGUCGAGAAACCAGAAAGAUCAGCAUCUCCUCCAGAAAAAAGUUCAAAUAUAUAUUUAAGUGAUUUAAGUGAGACCAAAGAGGUUGUAAGGAAAAAGCUUCGAAUAUCAAACUCUGUGUUGCCUGAUCGAAGUAAAACCGAAACACCUUCAUAUACCACGAAAUAUUCACAGUUCAUUGAAGGUUUUUCUAGUGAAAGAACCGGACUCGGCUUCACACAAGAACCAAUGGAGGAUGACUGUCCCAAAACCACCAUUUCAUAUGGGAAUGGUUUGACUUUCACAAAAGGUGAAACUCUUAAUGAAGAGAAGCAGGAAGAUGAUGUUGACGAUUUAGAAGAAUUGGUCGUAGCCAAGUUAAAGUAUUUAAAUCAACUCGAGACGAACACAGUCACACCCAUUCAGGAGAUGUUCAUACAGAUGCAGACGCUGCGUGCGGUGCGGGGUGUGGAGCGGGGUGUGGAGCGGGGUGUGGAGCGGGGCGCGGAGCGGGGCGCGGGCGGCGCGGCGGCGCGGUACUGGCGCGCGUGGCUGCAGGGCGCGGCGCGGGCGCUGCGGACGCACGAGGCGCCGCCCGGCUGGACCUGCGACUUCCUGAGGGCCGAGGGUCGGUACCGGUACGUCCGCGACUCGGACGGACUGGUACAGUGGGAGUACCCCGCCGUGGCCACCACCGACAUGGACAUCUCUACCACGCCUCCGCACCCCGGCUUCGAAGGAAAGGAGAGCGCGCCCCCCCGCAGCCCGCCGGCCCCGCCGCCGCCCCCGCGCUGGCCCGACCCGCCCCCGCCCGGCUGCGACGAGCACCCCGCGCUCGCUGAAGAGAAACGCGAGAUCGGCGACGAGCUGACGUCAUUCUACAACGACAUCGCCGAACUAGAGAAGCACGAGCCGCCGCGCGCCGCCCCCCCGCCCGCACCCGCGCCCCCCUCUGUGCCCCUCUCCGCGUCCGCCUCCGCGCCCGCUUCCGCCCCCGCCUCCGCGCCCGUCUCCGCGCCCGCCUCCCCAGAGCCGCCCCGGGCGCCACGGGACGCCGACCGGGAGAGAGAAACCAAAGUUACCAAGAAGAAAUCUAAGGUAAAAAUAUCCUCGUCGAUCGGCAUGAAACAAAGGACCGUGUCGAGCCUGGUCGCCAAGUGGCAGCAGGUCGCCGACCAGAUACAUUCGGACUAGACGUCCGCGCUCACAGAGCCCGCCCGCACACUACACUACACUAGUGUGUCCGGCCCGCACCUGGCGCCUCAGCCCCGCCCUGGCACGGCAGGUGCAAGCUUCAUGACCUCGGAUGAGGCCCUUCAUGACCUUCAAUGAGACUCAAUCCAUGGUAUUUCCGUGAGUGGUGAGGGCAGGUCCGGUGCCGGACUGCUCGCAGUCAAGAAUAACAUUGAUUAAUUCUUGGAACAAUCAGGUAAAAGUAAAGUCGCGAGCUCGCAGCCAGCGACGGCCGGCUGAGGUGUGAGGUUCCCGUUACGAAGAUAUAUAUUUUUGAAAUUGAAUAUAAAAACCCCACACCGCCUCAGAAAUGUGGGACCCAAACAAAGGGUCCGUGAUUUAAACGAAUAUUUAUAAACGUAAGUUGUGAGAAUAUAAAAUUGAUGAUUCAAGUCGAGACUGUGUUUAAGAAAAUGUUCCAAGUUAUUGUAAUAAUUGUGUACAUAAUAAAUUAUAGUUUUUUAAAACGAAAUAAAAAAUUUAAAGAG